UUUGCUCAGCAAUGUGAGCAAGUUUCUAAAACCUUUUUAACCAGGCACACAAACACACGUAAAAGAAAAUAAUAAUAAUUACUGCGAUAAACUAGACAGACAGCAACCACAGUCAUCUCUACUGCUGAAGAUCGGAAUUUGAUUGUACUUUUCUCUCAUUUCUAGCAGUGUUUAGGCCCCAUUUUUGAUGGGGUCUAAACAAAGGACUGUGCUGUGCUGGGGGAUUGAGCGCUGUAGGCUUUCACAGCUCAUGUGGAGGUUUGCAGUCAGGGCAAAAAAGUGAACAAUGACAAGAAAACUCAGGGGAACAUCUUUAAAAUUCCCUCACGGAUAAAAGGAUAUCUUCAGGAUCAUAUCCCAAAUGUUUUCAGAACAACAUUGGAGCCUUUAAGAAGAGGAGCUCACUGAGAGAGUAAAGAUGUCUGAACUCAGCCAAGUUGCUGUAUACCCUGACUCCUCAGACAUUUAUAAGAAUGUCUUUUGCAAUCCCGCCUUUGAGCUGGAGGGGGAGAAGGAGGAGAGGGUGGAGGGAUUCAGAACAGCCUCUUCUACUCCUGAGCCAAUCAAACCACCAGGAGCAAGCCUAGUCUGGGGAUUUUUCGGUGUGUGUGUGAUGCGUGUGCGUGCUCCGGGCUGCGGUUGGGGGGUGGUAGUGGUCUCUGCUGCUGUCCUGCUCCUAUUAGCAGCCCUAGGACUGAUGCUGGUCCUCAUUCUCACACAGAUAAAGAACCAGGCAGUGGAGGAUCAGGUGCUGACCACUGCCACUUCAGGCCUACAGCAUGCAGGAGAUGGACAGUCCCAAGCUUUACCUACAGUCCCUAUCAAUAGAAGUAAAGAGGACAGUACAGCUGCACCACAACCUGCCAGAAUCCCUCCAUCUGAACCAAGAUGUGGAGGUGUUUUAACUGACACUGAAGGAAGUUUCAGCUCUCCAAAUCACCCUGCGUCCUACCCCCCAAACUCGCUGUGUGUGUGGGUGAUUCAGGUCCCGCCCCCCUACCUGGUCCAGAUUCAUGUCUCCUCUUUGACCGUGGAGGGACCCUCUCCUUGCCUGUUUGACUGGGUGGAGGUGCGGGAGCAGAUCGAGCAGACUUCUGUGGUCACCAGGUUCUGUGGUAACGUAGCGCCACCGACGGCCAACACAAACAGCAGUACGGUGUGGGUCACCUUCCACUCUGAUGGCAGCAUCGCAGGCAACGGCUUCACUGCCCAGUACAGGGCGGUACUCCCCGGACACAAAAGCUGCUCCAGAGAAGAGUUCAUGUGCGACGGCGGCCGCUGCCUGCUGCCUGUGUCUGUGUGCGACGGUCAUCCAAACUGCCACGACCAGAUGGACGAGGCAAACUGCAGCCACAAGCACAAGGAAUGCGGUGGGCAGAAGAUUGGGCCGCAUGGUUACCUGGCAAGCCCAAACCACCCCGGGCCUUACCCUCACCAGCAGUUGUGUAUAUGGCAUAUAUCUGUUGAGGAGGGUCACGUGAUCACGCUGAGCUUCAGAAACUUCAGCCUGGAGACUCAGGAUGUGUGUGAGUUUGACUAUGUGGAGGUGCAUGACAGCGUCAGCACCGGAGCUGGAAGAGUCCUCGGAAGGUUUUGUGGUACCACCUUCCCCCCAGAGCUGACCUCCUCUGGCCCUCACAUGACAGUGGUGUUUGUGGCUGAUGAGGGAGUGGCCGACAGUGGCUUCAAUGUAACAUACCAGGCUGUGUCUGUGCUGGGCAGGACAUGCGGCCCCAAGCAGUUCGCCUGCAGCACAGGGGAGUGUGUUCAGCAGCAGUGGCUGUGUGACGGCUGGAACGACUGCCCCGAUGGUGCGGAUGAACAGGGCUGUGGCAACUCCACCUAUCCUCCCUUUAUAGCCUCGUCUUGUGAGCACAUUGAAGUAGAGAUGUGUCGGGGCCUCAGCUACAACUUCACCUCAUUCCCCAACAUCUGGCUGUCCAUUGCUGACCAGAGAGAAGCGGCCACCCUCCUGGGACAGUAUCGGGUAAAAGUCACAUCAAAAAGCUUCAUCAGACAUCUGGAGCUGUCGCUGGCAACUGUUUCAAACCAGGCAUCAAACCAUCCUCCCUCCCCUCCUUUUGUCAUCCAGGUGCUGAUGGAGCUGGCGUGCUUUGAGCCUCUGCAGAGGCUGGUUUGUGGGAUGUUUCUGCCCCAGUGUAGUCCUCAGGGCGGCGUCCUCCAACCCUGCCGCUCAGUCUGCUCCUCGGCCGAGCAGCAAUGCAGCCAAGCCCUGGAUCUCUUUUCCUUCAGCUGGCCCUUCAACUGCCACCUUCUCCCAGACUCACAGGACCCCUUGGAGUGCUCACUGCCUUGAAGCUGGGACAGUCCAGUUACCUUUGAGAUCAUAUCAGGCCCAGGCAGGAAAUACCAGAGCGUUCGAGGACCUUACUUACCUUAGUGGAAACAAAGGUUUACAGUUUUAAACACAGUUUGUAAUACAUAUGCUCAGUAUAUAUGAGACCACAUGCAGUUUUAAAGUAGACAGCUAAGUAAAAUGAAAGCUUUCGAUCUCCGACGGGAAUCAGACUGUUUUACUGUAAAUUGCUGUAUUUAUUUAAUGCUUUGAUGUCAAUCUUGUAAAUUAAAUAAACCAUGCAGAGAAAAUAUGUUUAAAACAAAGUUUAUUGCAUUGUU